GAGCCAGCGCGGAUCGGGUCCCGGACGCCCGAGCGCCCCGCCCCCGCGCGGGCGAUGCCCAGCGGCGCGGCGGGCGGCGGGGCCCGGCGGGGCGCGCAGAGGAGCGGGCCGCGGCGCUGAGGCGGCGGAGCGCGGCCCCGCCAUGGGCUUCCUGCACCAGCUGCAGCUGCUGCUCUGGAAGAACGUGACGCUCAAGCGCCGGAGCCCGUGGGUCCUGGCCUUCGAGAUCUUCAUCCCCCUGGUGCUGUUCUUCAUCCUGCUGGGGCUGCGGCAGAAGAAGCCCACCAUCUCCGUGAAGGAAGUCUCCUUCUACACAGCGGCGCCCCUGACGUCCGCCGGCAUUCUGCCUGUCAUGCAGUCGCUGUGCCCGGACGGCCAGCGGGACGAGUUCGGCUUCCUGCAGUACGCCAACUCCACGGUCACGCAGCUGCUCGAGCGCCUGGACCGUGUGGUGGAGGAAGGCAACCUGUUCGACCCAGCGCGGCCCAGCCUGGGCUCAGAGCUCGAGGCCCUGCGCCAGCAUCUGGAGGCCCUCAGUGCGGGCCCAGGCACCUCGGGGAGCCACCUGGACAGAACCACAGUGUCUUCCUUCUCUCUGGACUCGGUGGCCAGAGACCCGCAGGAGCUCUGGCGUUUCCUGACGCAAAACCUGUCGCUGCCCAAUAGCACAGCCCAAGCCCUCCUGGCCGCCCGUGUGGACCCUCCCGAGGUCUACCACCUGCUCUUUGGUCCCUCGUCUGCCCUGGAUUCACAGUCCGGCCUCCACAAGGGUCAGGAGCCCUGGAGCCACCUAGGGAGCAAUCCCCUGUUCCGGAUGGAGGAGCUGCUGCUGGCUCCUGCCCUCCUGGAACAGCUCACCUGCACGCCAGGCUCCGGGAAGCUGGGCCGAAUCCUCACUGUGCCUGAGAGUCAGAAGGGGGCCCUGCAGGGCUACCAGGAUGCUGUCUGCAGUGGGCAGGCUGCUGCACGUGCCAGGCGCUUCUCUGGGCUAGCCGAUGAGCUCCGGAACCAGCUGGACAUGGCCAAGGUCUCCCAGCAGCUGGGCCUGGAUGCCCCCAACGGCUCAGACUCCCCGCCACAGGCGCCAUCCCCACGGAGGCUGCAGGCGCUUCUGGGGGACCUGCUGGAUGCCCAGAAAGUUCUGCAGGAUGUGGAUGUCCUGUCGGCCCUGGCCCUGCUACUGCCCCAGGGUGCCUGCACUGGCCGGACCCCCGGACCCCCAGCCAGUGGUGCGGGUGGGGUGGCCAAUGGCACUGGGGCAGGGACAGUCGUGGGCCCCAACGCCACCGCUGAGGAGGGCGCACCCUCUGCUGCAGCACCGGCCUCCCCGGACACGCUGCAGGGCCAGUGCUCAGCCUUCGUGCAGCUCUGGGCCGGCCUGCAGCCCAUAUUGUGUGGCAACAACCGCACCAUUGAGCCCGAGGCGCUGCGGCGGGGCAACAUGAGCUCCCUGGGCUUCACGAGCAAGGAGCAGCGGAACCUGGGCCUCCUCGUGCACCUCAUGACCAGCAACCCCAAAAUCCUGUACGCGCCUGCGGGCUCUGAGGUCGACCGCGUCAUCCUCAAGGCCAAUGAGACUUUUGCCUUUGUGGGCAACGUGACUCACUAUGCCCAGGUCUGGCUCAACAUCUCGGCCGAGAUUCGCAGCUUCCUGGAGCAGGGCAGGCUGCAGCAACACCUGCACUGGCUACAGCAGUACGUAGCGGAGCUGCGGCUGCACCCUGAGGCACUGAACCUGUCGCUGGAUGAGCUGCCGCCGGCCCUGAGACAGGACAACUUCUCGCUGCCCAGUGGCAUGGCCCUCCUGCAGCAGCUGGAUACCAUUGACAAUGCGGCCUGCGGCUGGAUCCAGUUCAUGUCCAAGGUGAGCGUGGACAUCUUCAAGGGCUUCCCCGACGAGGAGAGCAUUGUCAACUACACGCUCAACCAGGCCUACCAGGACAACGUCACUGUGUUUGCCAGUGUGAUCUUCCAGACCCGGAAGGACGGCUCGCUCCCGCCACACGUGCACUAUAAGAUCCGCCAGAACUCCAGCUUCACCGAGAAAACCAACGAGAUCCGCCGCGCCUACUGGCGGCCUGGGCCCAAUACUGGCGGCCGCUUCUACUUCCUCUACGGCUUCGUCUGGAUCCAGGACAUGAUGGAACGCGCCAUCAUCGACACCUUUGUGGGGCACGACGUGGUGGAGCCGGGCAGCUACGUGCAGAUGUUCCCCUACCCCUGCUACACGCGCGAUGACUUCCUGUUCGUCAUCGAGCACAUGAUGCCGCUGUGCAUGGUGAUCUCCUGGGUCUACUCCGUGGCCAUGACCAUCCAGCACAUCGUGGCGGAGAAGGAGCACCGGCUCAAGGAGGUGAUGAAGACCAUGGGCCUGAACAACGCGGUGCACUGGGUGGCCUGGUUCAUCACCGGCUUUGUGCAGCUGUCCAUCUCCGUGACAGCGCUCACCGCCAUCCUGAAGUACGGCCAGGUGCUCAUGCACAGCCACGUGGUCAUCAUCUGGCUCUUCCUGGCCGUCUAUGCCGUGGCCACCAUCAUGUUCUGUUUCCUGGUGUCCGUGCUGUACUCCAAGGCCAAGCUGGCCUCUGCCUGCGGCGGCAUCAUCUACUUCCUGAGCUACGUGCCCUAUAUGUAUGUGGCAAUCCGAGAGGAGGUGGCGCAUGAUAAGAUCACGGCCUUCGAGAAGUGCAUCGCGUCCCUCAUGUCCACAACGGCCUUUGGCCUGGGCUCCAAGUACUUCGCGCUGUACGAGGUGGCUGGCGUGGGCAUCCAGUGGCACACCUUCAGCCAGUCCCCAGUGGAGGGGGAUGACUUCAACCUGCUCCUGGCUGUCACCAUGCUGAUGGUGGACGCCGUGGUCUACGGCAUCCUCACAUGGUACAUCGAGGCUGUGCACCCAGGCAUGUACGGGCUGCCCCGGCCCUGGUACUUCCCACUGCAGAAGUCCUACUGGCUGGGCAGUGGGCGGACAGAAGCCUGGGAGUGGAGCUGGCCGUGGGCACGCACCCCCCGCCUCAGUGUCAUGGAGGAGGACCAGGCCUGUGCCAUGGAGAGUCGGCGCUUUGAGGAGACACGUGGCAUGGAGGAGGAGCCCACUCACCUGCCUCUGGUAGUCUGCGUGGACAAACUGACCAAGGUCUACAAGGAUGACAAGAAGCUGGCCCUGAACAAGCUGAGCCUGAACCUCUACGAGAACCAAGUGGUCUCCUUCCUGGGCCACAACGGGGCGGGCAAGACCACCACCAUGUCCAUCCUGACCGGCCUGUUCCCUCCGACGUCGGGUUCCGCCACCAUCUAUGGGCACGACAUCCGCACGGAGAUGGAUGAGAUCCGCAAGAACCUGGGCAUGUGCCCGCAGCACAACGUGCUGUUUGACCGGCUCACGGUGGAGGAGCACCUCUGGUUCUACUCACGGCUCAAAAGCAUGGCCCAGGAGGAGAUCCGCAGAGAGAUGGACAAGAUGAUCGAGGACCUGGAGCUCUCCAACAAGCGGCACUCGCUGGUGCAGACACUGUCGGGUGGCAUGAAGCGCAAGCUGUCUGUGGCCAUCGCCUUUGUGGGCGGCUCUCGCGCCAUCAUCCUGGACGAGCCCACGGCGGGCGUGGACCCUUACGCGCGCCGCGCCAUCUGGGACCUCAUCCUGAAGUACAAGCCGGGCCGCACCAUCCUUCUGUCCACCCACCACAUGGACGAGGCUGACCUGCUUGGGGACCGCAUUGCCAUCAUCUCCCACGGGAAGCUCAAGUGCUGCGGCUCCCCGCUCUUCCUCAAGGGCACCUAUGGUGAUGGGUACCGCCUCACGCUGGUCAAGCGGCCUGCCGAGUCGGGGGGCCCCCAAGAGCCAGGGCUGGCAUCCAGCCCCCCAGGUCGCACCCCGCUGAGCAGCUGCUCCGAGCUCCAGGUGUCCCAGUUCAUCCGCAAGCACGUGGCCUCCUGCUUGCUGGUCUCAGACACAAGCACGGAGCUCUCCUACAUCCUGCCCAGCGAGGCUGCCAAGAAGGGGGCUUUCGAGCGCCUCUUCCAGCACCUGGAGCGCAGCCUGGACGCGCUGCACCUCAGUAGCUUUGGGCUGAUGGACACCACCCUGGAGGAGGUGUUCCUCAAGGUGUCAGAGGAAGAUCAGUCGCUGGAGAACAGUGAGGCCGAUGUGAAGGAGUCCAGGAAGGACAUGCUCCCCGGGGCGGAGGGCGCGGUGUCUGGGGAGGGUCACGCCGGCAACCUGGCCCGGUGCUCGGAGCUGGCCCAGUCACAGGCAUCGCUGCAGUCAGCAUCAUCUGUGGGCUCUGCCCGUGGUGACGAGGGAGCUGGCUACACCGACGUCUAUGGCGACUACCGCCCCCUGUUUGAUAACCCACAGGACCCAGACAACGUCAGCCUGCAAGAGGCUGAGGCGGAGGCCCUGUCGAGGGUUGGCCAGGGUAGCCGCAAGCUGGACGGCGGGUGGCUGAAGGUGCGCCAGUUCCACGGGCUGCUGGUCAAACGCUUCCACUGUGCCCGCCGCAAUUCCAAGGCACUCUUCUCCCAGAUCCUGCUGCCGGCCUUCUUCGUCUGCGUGGCCAUGACCGUGGCUCUGUCCGUCCCCGAGAUUGGUGACCUGCCUCCACUGGUCCUGUCACCUUCCCAGUACCACAACUACACCCAGCCGCGUGGCAACUUCAUCCCCUACGCCAACGAGGAGCGCCGCGAGUACCGGCUGCGGCUGUCACCCGACGCCAGCCCCCAGCAGCUCGUGAGCACAUUCCGGCUGCCGUCAGGGGUGGGCGCCACCUGCGUGCUCAAGUCUCCGGCCAACGGCUCUCUGGGGCCCACGUUGAACCUGAGCAGCGGGGAGUCGCGCCUGCUGGCGGCUCGGUUCUUCGAUAGCAUGUGCUUGGAGUCCUUCACGCAGGGGCUGCCGCUGUCCAACUUCGUGCCGCCCCCACCCUCGCCUGCCCCGUCUGAUUCCCCAGCGUCCCUGGACGAGGACCCGCAGGCCUGGAACGUCUCGCUGCCACCCACUGCCGGGCCAGAAAUGUGGACGUCGGCGCCCUCCCUGCCGCACCUGGUACGGGAGCCCGUCCGCUGCACCUGCUCCGCGCAGGGCACCGGCUUCUCCUGCCCCAGCAGUGUGGGCGGGCACCCGCCCCAGAUGCGGGUGGUCACAGGCGACAUCCUGACCGACAUCACCGGCCACAACGUCUCUGAGUACCUGCUCUUCACCUCUGACCGCUUCCGACUGCACCGGUAUGGGGCCAUCACCUUUGGCAACGUCCUCAAGUCCAUCCCAGCCUCAUUUGGCACCAGGGCCCCACCCAUGGUGCGGAAGAUCGCGGUGCGCAGGGCUGCCCAGGUUUUCUACAACAACAAGGGCUAUCACAGCAUGCCCACCUACCUCAACAGCCUCAACAACGCCAUCCUGCGUGCCAACCUGCCCAAGAGCAAGGGCAACCCGGCAGCUUACGGCAUCACCGUCACCAACCAUCCCAUGAACAAGACCAGUGCCAGCCUCUCCCUGGACUACCUGCUACAGGGCACGGAUGUCGUCAUCGCCAUCUUCAUCAUCGUGGCCAUGUCGUUCGUGCCGGCCAGCUUCGUCGUCUUCCUCGUGGCCGAGAAGUCCACCAAGGCGAAGCACUUGCAGUUUGUCAGCGGCUGCAACCCCGUCAUCUACUGGCUGGCGAACUACGUGUGGGACAUGCUCAACUACCUGGUCCCCGCUACCUGCUGCGUCAUCAUCCUGUUUGUGUUCGACUUGCCGGCCUACACAUCGCCCACCAACUUUCCUGCUGUCCUCUCCCUCUUCCUGCUCUAUGGGUGGUCCAUCACGCCCAUCAUGUACCCGGCCUCCUUCUGGUUUGAGGUCCCCAGCUCGGCCUACGUGUUCCUCAUUGUCAUCAAUCUCUUCAUCGGCAUCACUGCCACGGUGGCGACCUUCCUGCUACAGCUCUUCGAGCACGACAAGGACCUGAAGGUUGUCAACAGUUACCUGAAAAGCUGCUUCCUCAUUUUCCCCAACUACAAUCUGGGCCACGGGCUCAUGGAGAUGGCCUACAACGAGUACAUCAAUGAGUACUACGCCAAGAUUGGCCAGUUUGACAAGAUGAAGUCCCCAUUCGAAUGGGACAUUGUCACCCGCGGGCUGGUGGCCAUGGCGGUCGAGGGCGUCGUGGGCUUCCUCCUGACCAUCAUGUGCCAGUACAACUUCCUGCGGCGGCCACAGCGCAUGCCUGUGUCUACCAAGCCUGUGGAGGAUGAUGUGGACGUGGCUAGCGAGCGGCAGCGAGUGCUCCGGGGAGACGCCGACAACGACAUGGUCAAGAUUGAGAACCUGACCAAGGUCUACAAGUCCCGGAAGAUUGGCCGCAUCCUGGCCGUUGACCGCCUGUGCCUGGGUGUGCGUCCUGGCGAGUGCUUCGGGCUUCUGGGCGUCAACGGUGCGGGCAAGACCAGCACCUUCAAGAUGCUGACCGGCGACGAGAGCACGACGGGGGGCGAGGCCUUCGUCAACGGACACAGCGUGCUGAAGGAGCUGCUCCAGGUGCAACAGAGCCUCGGCUACUGCCCUCAGUGCGACGCGCUGUUCGAUGAGCUCACGGCCCGGGAGCACCUGCAGCUGUACACGCGGCUGCGUGGGAUCUCCUGGAAGGAUGAGGCCCGGGUGGUGAAGUGGGCUCUGGAGAAGCUGGAGCUGACCAAGUACGCAGACAAGCCGGCCGGCACCUACAGCGGCGGCAACAAGCGGAAGCUCUCCACGGCCAUCGCCCUCAUUGGGUACCCAGCCUUCAUCUUCCUGGACGAGCCCACCACAGGCAUGGACCCCAAGGCCCGGCGCUUCCUCUGGAACCUCAUCCUCGACCUCAUCAAGACAGGGCGUUCGGUGGUGCUGACAUCACACAGCAUGGAGGAGUGUGAGGCGUUGUGCACGCGGUUGGCCAUCAUGGUGAACGGUCGCCUGCGGUGCCUGGGCAGCAUCCAGCACCUGAAGAACCGGUUUGGAGAUGGCUACAUGAUCACAGUGCGGACCAAGAGCAGCCAGAGCGUGAAGGACGUGGUGCGGUUCUUCAACCGCAGCUUCCCAGAAGCUAUGCUCAAGGAGCGGCACCACACAAAGGUGCAGUACCAGCUCAAGUCGGAGCACAUCUCGCUGGCCCAGGUCUUCAGCAAGAUGGAGCAGGUGUCUGGCGUGCUGGGCAUCGAGGACUACUCGGUCAGCCAGACCACACUGGACAACGUAUUCGUGAACUUCGCCAAGAAGCAGAGCGACAACCUGGAGCAGCAGGAGACGGAGCCGCCGUCCGCACUGCAGUCCCCUCUUGGCUGCUUGCUCAGCCUGCUCCGGCCCCGGCCUGCCCCCACGGAGCUCCGGGCACUUGUGGCAGAUGAGCCUGAGGACCUGGACACGGAGGACGAGGGCCUCAUCAGCUUCGAGGAGGAGCGGGCCCAGCUGUCCUUCAACACAGACACGCUCUGCUGACCACUCAGAGCUGGGCCAGGGAGGAUACGCUCCGCUGACCGCUCAGAGCUGUACCAGGGACUCGACCGUGGGGACAGAUGUCCCCCAGUGCCUGCCAGGCCCUGGAGUGGAGAUUGAGGACCAAGGGGCUUCUGGCCCUCCAGCCCCCGUACUCGGCCAAGCCCUGUGGUCACUGCGGCUGCCGCCCCCAAUUGUGCCAAAGGCUGACCCGGCCCGGGCUGCGCACACCCACGCCCUGCUUUGCCUUAAAGCCUCAUCAUCUGCUCAGCCCCUCGCCCCUUCCUAGCUCUGCUCACCGCCCAAGGCGACACCGGCUGGACCAGGCACUGCCGGCCUUUCUCCUGCCCAGCCUUGGAACCAGCUUUUUUUUCCUACAAUGAAGGCUGACGCUGAGGGUGGACUGUGGACGGGGCUGGGUCAGUCGCGUAUUUAUUUUGCUUUGAGAAGAGGCUCCUCUGGCCCUGCUCUCCUGCAGGGAGGUGGCUGUCCCGCGGGAAGCCAUCAGCUUGGGCCAGCUGGCAGGCGGCAGGAAUGGAGAAGCUGGCCUUGCUGACCAGGCGAGGGCCAGAACCCCCCCUACCCCCAGCUGCUGUCGCUCUCCCACCCAGCUUGGCCCCCUGCCCGCCCACCUGCCUGGAAGCCGGGCCUGUACAUAACGCACAGAUGUUUGUUUUCAAUAAAUAAACAAAACGCC